ACGGUAACAGCUGAGAGUGGCAGAGCAGGAAAGAUGCAGCUUGGCCCCGCCCCCGGCGCUGGCUGCUGCGCGCUGCUAUGCACUGCCGGGGUUGCUCGGUGGACUAUACAGGCAAGAGCAGCGCUGUCCUGCACUGACAACUUGGGCACCGUGCAUGGGGCUACUGCCCGCUGGAAACAGUCACCAAGGAGCAGCGUCGGCCCGGCCAGACCGGUGGAUCGUCCCUUACACAAGUGGGAGGGUGAAAGGCCCCUGCACGGACCCGGAAGCACAAGUGAAGUCCACGGAGUGUCUGCUCCUAGUGCUGUAUGGGCAGCCUGGCACCGGGAAUGGGGGAUCAGCAUGAGGAAGCCCCGCAUACCCAGGACGUGCAGCACACAGCGGGCAGCGACCAGGAGGAGGAGGAGGACGACGACGACGAUGAGGAGGAUGGGGGUCUGCAGGCUGGGGAACCCAGUAGAGACACGGAGGAGCCCGCCAGGUUGGUCGGCUCCGUGGGGCACAAGCCCAGGAAGAGGUGCAGCGUGUUGUGCACCGUCUACUGCGUGGAGAGUGACUUCUCUGGGGAGCUGCCUCCGGUGCCCCCUGCGGAGCAGGAGCUGCAGCGCCCUCUGGCGGACAGCACCCCUCGGAGCUCCGUGCGGGGGACGAGCGAGCUCCCCCUGAGCCCGGCCAGCCUGGAGCUAGAACUGUCCCCCUUCCUGAUCAGCAGCCUGGCCGAUGGCGGCCCCAGGGUGAUGAUGAGCUGCCGGGUGUGCUUGGAGGAUAAGACCAUUAAGCCUCUUCCCUGCUGCAAGAAAGGAGUGUGCGAGGAGUGCCUGAAGCGCUACCUGAGCUCCCAGGUGCAGCUUGGUCAAGUGGAGAUUAAAUGCCCAAUAACAGAGUGCAAUAAACACUUGGAGGAAUCCACCAUUUUGUUCAACCUGCCACAUGAUGACAUCAUCAAGUACAAGUACUUCCUGGAACUUAGCCGUAUAGACUCCAGCACGAAGCCCUGCCCGCAGUGCAGGCACUUCACAACCUUCAAGAGGAAGAUCCACAUUCCAAACCCGAGCAAAUCCGAGAACAAGUUCAAAAUUCAGUGUCCAUCUUGCCAAUUUGUAUGGUGUUUUAAGUGCCAUUCUCCCUGGCAUGAAGGCGUUAACUGCAGGGAGUACAAGAAAGGAGACAAGCUUCUGCGUCACUGGGCCAAUGAGAUUGAGUAUGGGCAGAGGAAUGCUCAGAAGUGUCCCAGGUGCAAGGUCCACAUUCAGAGAACAGAAGGAUGCGAUCAUAUGUCCUGUUCCCAGUGUAACACUAAUUUCUGCUACCGUUGUGGGGAGAGGUACCGCCAGCUGCGCUUCUUUGGUGAUCACACAUCAAACCUCAGUAUAUUUGGAUGCAAAUACCGCUACCUCCCCGAGAGACCGCAUGUAAGGAGAUUAGUGCGAGGCUCUGUUUGUGCUGGGAAGCUACUUAUUGCACCCUUCCUCCUAGUCAUUGCCCUGGCAUUGGGGGCUCUUGCAGUUGUAAUAGGGUUAUUUGGACUGCCUAUCUAUUGCCUUUGUAAAAAGAAACGGAAAAGAACUUGGACUGGUAUGCCGUGAUGUUCAGGCUGGUAUAAUGCCUUGGCCAGAGUCUCAGUCCUAGUCAGAAGCCAUAAAAGCCGUCAUGUAUGGAUUGUACUGAAGUGAGAGCCUUGGAUAAUAUGUUUCAGCGUUUCUUAAGUAUCUGUGCAUUCAGGGGCCAGAAUGUAUAUACGUGUCUCAGACCGCUUAGGAAUACAUUGCCUUAUUGUUUCUGUACAUCCCUUCCCUGCUGUCGGUGAGAUUGUGUUCGGUGAACGUGUAUGUUUGUUCUAGCAAGUAAUUCACUCAGUACAGUGAAGUGUAUUGCACUGAUACUUUUCACACUCAAGGUCAUUGUAAUGUUCUUGACCAUUGGGACAAUGAUUAACUGUUUGUUUCCAGCAUUAGAUAUACGCCAAAUAAAUAACAUUCUGCUAUUUUACUUGAUGAAUUAAUGUUUAUGACGCUCACAUUUGAUUUGGGCAGUGUGUACCCCCGAUUCACACAAUGAAUUACUACAGCUGCAGACAGAUAUUGGAACAGGGAGCAGUACUGUUGUGGGAAAAUCUAAUUCUCAGCAGCCUUUUUUUUUUUUUUUUUUGGUUAACAUAAUGUCAAACUUUAGACUACUGUAAAGGCGGGACCCCAAUUUCUAACCUCUAGGGUAGGUGCAGGGAGUGUAAGUUCACUGCAGCUGUCUCUUGAGUCUUAUAGCUGUAUUGAUUGUGACAGUAAAAAUAUAUUAGAGCAGUGCAGAUAAUUUGAAGGGAACCUGUGAUCAACUUUAUGCUGACCUCUCUGAGGGAAGCAUAAAGUAGCGACAGACAUUCUGAUUUCAAUGGUAUGUCACUCGUGAGCUACAAGUAAGUGGUUGCUGAGAACCAGCAUAGUAAUUAAUGCAGCCCGGGCCUGGUAAAGAGUCAUGGCUGCCUGAAGAAGAGUCACACUUAUCUGUGAGAUCCCGCCCACCCUAGGAGAGAAUUGCCAAUCAUCAGCGGGUGGGUGGAGAGAGGAGGAGCUCAUGAACAACCAUGACUCUUCUUAGGCAACUGUUACUCUUUUCCAGGCCGGGGCUGUGAUGAUUAACCACUUACUUUGAGCUCAUGAAUGACACACCAAUGUAAUCAGUGUGUCUGCCACCACUUUAUGCUGCCCUCAGUGAGGUCAGCAUAAUGUUGACGGCAGGUUCCCUCUAAAGGAGUUGUCCAAGAUCAAAAAAAAAAAACACGUCCUUCAAUGAAAAAAACAAUACUUGCCUCAUUAAAACCCCACCUAUCAUUGCACAUGCUCUGGUGGCGCCCUAUGGUCUUUGUUUACAGGCUGCCAACAAUGAUGUGCCGUACUGCAGCCGAUCACUGGCCUCAGCAAUCAAGUGCCAUAAAUCCUGGCAUCACCUUUAUUAGACUAUUUCCUUCCCAUGCAGGAUCUUCCUUCAGUGUCUAAAGCCACAUGCACACAACUGUUUGCAUUUCACAAUCCCCAAAACGAGCAUCCACAAAAUACGGAUGACGACCAUGUUGCUUUUUUUUUCUUUUUUUGUGUGGACCCAUUGACUUCAGUGAAUCGGUGAACUGCUUUUUGGGGCCAAGUAUAGGACACGUACUUUUUCAGUUUUUCUGUUCCAUCCUAGGGGCAUAAAAAUUAAAGAAAAAAGUGCCAUAUGAUAGAAAUGAAGGGCGUCUGAUGGACUCAUUGGGUUUACCAGACAAAACAGCACAGCAUGCACUGCUUUUUGUUUGUUUUUUUUGUGUACGCCACUAAGGGUGCCUUCACCUGCCGCAGAUUUUGUUGCAACUGAGAAUCUGUUCCAUUCAUCUGAAAUCCAAGCGCUUUACGCCAAACCAACCCCAUUUAGAUGAAUGGAACUGGUUUUCAGAGAUUUCUGCCACAGAAUCUGCCACAUGGAAAGGCACCCUAAGGCCUCUUUCACACGUCUGCGAUGACAUCCGUGACAAGAUGGUCUGUGAAGAUGUCAAUGUGUCUGUUUUUUGCCAUUCGGAUUUCAUCUGAUGGAUUUCACAGACCCAUAGACUUCAGAGUAUGUCUCUGUUGUUUUUCCAUAAAUGCAUUAAAAUUGGUAGGUACAUGUGCUGUCCACAGAGAAGAGCACAUAUCCGUGAUUCACACUAACGUGUGAAAGAGGCCUAACAGGGAUGUGAACCUAGCCAGUUUCUGAGAAGCUAAUUCUUAAAGGGCAUCUGUCAGUGGAUUUGUACCUAUGGCUUACCUGUUGCAUGUGCGGUUGGCAGCUGAAGACAUCUGUGUUGGUCCCAGCUUCAUAUGUGCUCACAUUG